GCACCACCAAUCAAUUUUCAAUUAUCAGAGUAAAAAAUAAUCAAAACAUAUGCUACUUGUACGUAGAUCUUCAAUAUCAUCUGCACUGGCAGAUGGUGGUGGAAAUCGAUGGUGACUCUGUCCGUGGUAAAUUAACUGCCAUUUGCGUAAUAAAAUGUGGGUGCACGUGUUCACCGCCUCUCACGUGCAUGACCGAUGCUAACUGCUAGCUGAGUGAAGCAGCCAUCAACAAUUUCCUAUAUUCGCUGUCAUUGGGACUCAUGAAAAACCAUGCAUGCCCAUUUCAUCUCUGUCUCGCCAAGACUUUUUUAUGUUUUCUUGGCAGAGUAAAGAGAUUCCUUUACUAGGAUAUGCGGUCACUAGCUAGAUGGUCAAUAAAGAAGAACGUGCGAGUGUGUGUGUGUGUGUCUAUAUAGUACUCCUUUUGGCAGAAGCUCUACAUGAUAUAAAGAUCUGAGAUCAGAUCAAUUAGUUUUUAUUUCUUCUUUUCGUAUUCAUAGAGCCUAGCUAGCUCUCUUCAUGCAUUCACUGAUAAACUCUAGUUGUUGGUGAAAUAUUAUCUCAUUGCAUAGCGCUGUGGGGCUAACAAAUUAAGAAACGCAGUUGAAGAUUUGCACUGAACAUCAACCUCGGCAUUUGGAUCAAAGAAUCUUUAAACAUUGCGCUGAGAUACUUAUAAAUUGAUCAAAUAACAUCAAAUGGAGGAGAACCCACCUCGAGUUUCAAGUCAAGAAAGGACCCACGAGGUCUCCAGGGGUGGACCCACCAGGAAGAGCAGGCACGCCGUUGAUGAAGGUGGAGAUCUAAUUGAGUGUUCAAGCAAGCAUUGCCAAUCAUGCACCGCUGCGUUGAUAGCUGACUGUGUGGCCCUCUGUUGCUGCCCUUGUGCUUUGGUCAAUCUUCUUACUCUUGCUUUUGUUAAGGUUCCAUGGAUGAUAGGCAGGAGGUGCUUGGGAAGAGUAAAAAGGAAGAAAAUGAAUAGAAAAUGCAGGAAGAACAGUGAAGGGGAAGGUAACAUUGUGGUGAAAAUAGAAAGGGAUUGUAAUUUGAGAAAGAGGAUGAUAGAAGAAGAGGGAGUAUUGGAAAUUGCAACGGGAUUUGGUGAGGAAGAGGAAAUGGCUGGUGUUCCUGCGAGAUAUGAGGCAGAGAGGCUUUGGUUCGAGUUGAACCAGAUUGGUCACUUGGGUUUUGGUAGGGUUUCUUUCACUGGUAGUCCGUGUACAGAUGAUAGCUUAGGAAAGUGAACGGCUGACAAACAUAUUUUGUUUUUGCUCUGUCAUUUAUUUUAUUUUUACCCGUAUGGUUUUGGGUUUCCUUCACAAAUAUCCAACAUGGCAGGGGAUGGGCAAUUGGGGAAGCACAUUAAAGUGAUAUGCAUCAUUGUAUAGAACUGUAAAUCUUCAAUUCUCCAGUUUAUGAUUUGAUUUUGGGGCAAGCAUCCACCAUCGACAA